CAAGGUUCUGCCACAGUUCUGGUUCCAUGGUUUUGAUUCCGGUUCCAAACGGUCCUAUUCCGAUCCGGUUCCGAUUCCAAAUGGAUCCAUGACCAUGCCUACAAUCAGCCACGGCCUCCGCCAGAGGAAUCCGGCGGCCCUGCUCGGACGCCGAAGUGGAGUUGUCGUUGGAAGUUGAUUCUUCCCCUCUAUCCCUUUAUUUUCAAGUCUAAGCUGCGGCAAUUGCUGGUCCUUUGAUGCAAGCCGCCGGGACCCACCAAGGUUGGCGGCCGGGGAUUGGGCAGAGGACACGGUGGUGGGUCGGGGGUAUUUGGGGAUUUGGCGGCGAUGAAGUCGGUUAGAGGAGAUAGCCCUGGACAAUUCUUGGAGUGCAGCUGGAGAUGGAAGUGCCUUUCCCGUAAUAAUGAGAACAACACAUAGACGAACGAUGAAACUCAAUCAAAAAGAACUGGCUGCCUUGAUUAGAGCCGGCACGUUUGGAAAUUUUUUUUUUUUUAAAUAUAUUGAACUGUCAGCCCAGCAGGUAGCUUUUUGCAGAAUUCUGCCGGCUAUCGGCAUGGAUAAAAAAAAAAAAAAAAUUUCCGCUGCCAGGUGUGUCAGCCCGGUAGUGAUAGCGGUGUAGAGUUAAAAAAAAAAAAUGAUUGGCCUUUUUGGCUGCGGACUGUGUCAGUUCGGCAGUCAUAGAUUUGCACACUUUGUCAGAGAUAGACGCCCAACUUUUCUUUUUUACAACGAUAUUCUGAAUAAUUAACCCGAAACAAAAGAGGUUACUAAAAUUCAGAAUACAAAAUAAUAAUUUUUUUUUUUUACUAUUUUCUUGCCGACAUGAACAUAUAAACCCCCAAGCUUCAAAAACCCUAACAUUUCAAUUUAAACCAUAAUCACCACCCAGAACACAGCAAUUGAGAAUUCAACAAUUCUGAAAGAAAAAUGACCCAAAAGAGCAAUCUUUUCAAAUGCCAACGAAAGAAGAAAUCAAUUCCUCCCAAUCGCCAUGGCAGUGCCCCUCAAACUCGUAGGGAAGAGAGUUGUGAAGCCCUCAAAGGUCACAAAGGAUGUGGAUACCGAUCGGGUAAGCUUAUUUAUUCUCGUGGAACUGACCAAGUUCAUAAAUUCUUACAAUGAGGCAGCAGCUACUUUCGCCAACAAGGAAGGUGGCCAACUAAGCAUAGUCAAACCACAACCAGAGUCAUCUAUAAUGCAUGCUCAUAAUUGGAAGAGCAAAGAUCUUUUGGAUUGGGAGGAGAACAGCAACUACUCUGCCUCUUCUACGGAGUCAAAGCUUCUAUUUUGCAAAAAAGACGACUUUGUGCAGCUGCAAUUACAUUCUCUUUUUGAAUUUGCAUACUUUCUUUUGUUAUAUACCAAAAUUUUUUUCUUUUUUUGACAAACUCUUAUCACAUAUGGAUUCUUCAAAUACUUUUUCUUCUUCUAUUUUUCUGAUUCACAUGGGAGGAAGUAUGCAUUUUCUCCACAAUUUCACGGGCUU